GGGUUGGUCAAAAGACGACCGUCGUGGACGGCGUAAUCUCUCUCUCUCCGAGCUCACGCGAGGAGGCAGCCGGAACGGAGCUCCGAAAUCUCGCGGCGGCGGCGGCGGCGGCGGCGGCGGCGUUCUGGUUCUGUUCUCAAGCUCGCGGCUGCAGAAAGUUCGCCGAUUGCAGAAUUUGACGCGGUGGAAUCGGCUCCUCAUCGAGCAGUUUCGAGGGGACGGUCGGGAGGAAGGAAACGAUGGCGUUGCAGACCGGGGUUUCCAGCUCCAAGGUUCUGAUUCUCGUCGGCGCAGGUUUGACUGGUUCCAUCGUAUUCAAUAGUGGACGGCUUUCGGAGCUGGUUGCACAGCUUCAGGAAAUUCUGAAGGGUGUUGAUGAGGCCGGGGUCUCGUCCAACAAGUUUGAUAGCGCUCUUCUUGCAGCUCAGAUUAGGCAAUUGGCACAAGAUAUCAAGGAGUUAUCCUUGUCCGCUCCAAUAACCAUCUAUAAUGGGAACUCAACUUCAAGUGGGAGUUAUGCUUCUUACCUAGUACCAGCUGCUGCACUUGGAGCAAUGGGGUAUUGUUACAUGUGGUGGAAGGGCUGGUCGUUCACUGAUGCCAUGUUUGUUACGAAGCGCAAUAUGGCAAAUGCUGUCACAACUGUGUCAAAACAAUUAGAGAAUGUGUCUCAAACAUUGGCAACAACAAGGAGGCACCUAUCAAAGAGGCUUGAGAGCUUGGAUUGGAAGCUUGAGGAGCAAAAGGAGAUAUCCCAGCUUAUUGCAGAUGAUGUAGAUGACGUGAAGUUGAACUUAUCUCAAAUAGGACUCAAUGUUGAAGUAAUCCACCAGAUGGUUUCUGGGUUGGAAGACAAAAUUGAGCUGAUCGAGAGCAAACAGGAUGUUACUAACUCUGGUUUAUGGCAUCUCUGUCAACUAGCGGAUGGUUUUCAAGAUGCCCAAAAGAGCAAAAAGAUUAAGGAUGUCAGUGGUACCAACAACUUGAGAUUGCCAUAUGAGGAAACUUCUGCAAAGGGGCUUCAAUUCAUUUCCGAAACAAAUGGAUUGAGUGACAUUGAAAAUUCAAUCACAAGUGCGAAGCAGAAUGAUGACAGUCUUGUAAAGGAAAAGGUUCCAAUUACUACACGCAGAAUACACAGAUCUUAUCAAGUUGGGAUUUCAUUGGCUCAGGGAAUAAUCUGAAACAUGAAGUCCUUUUUUUUUUUUGGUCACAAUAUUUUCUCAUUAGUUACCUGACUCACCUCUAUUUUUUAGUCCCGGAAUGUGGGAUUAGAUUAUCAAAUUGAUAGGUGCAUCCGAUUGCUUUGUUACGCAGUUAUGGCCACUUCAUUCUGCUCAAAUAUUUGCUUGAUUUUAUUUGUUGUGUCAAUAAGCUUUUGGUCGGCUGUAAGUGAAGAUGACGCAACUACAUUAUUGUAAAUUUGUUGAUAAAGGGAGCUUUAUUUCUGUCCCUUGUUUCA